AUGCGAACGGACCGUAUUGUACCACCCCAGUCCCUGAGACAGAGAAUCAUCCAGUCAGCCCACAAGCAAGGACAUCUCGGAGUGAAUAAGACGAAAGAAAUGAUCCGAAGAAAGUACUGGUUUCCUGGAAUGAAUACCAGAAUAACAGAUACGGUACAAACCUGUUUCGACUGCCAGAUUGCUACAGAUCACCACCACACCGAGCCAGCAAAGAUGACAGAGUUACCAAACCGACCAUGGGAUGUAGUAGAAGCUGAUUUUUGUGGACCACUGCCUAACCACAAAUAUGCACUGGUACUUACCGACCAAUAUUCACGAUAUCCAGAAGUGGAGAUGGUAACAUCUACAUCCACAAUACCAGUGACAAAGAAAUUGAAGAAGAUUUUUUCUACCCAUGGAAUACCUCGAAUACUACAAACUGAUAACGGUCCACCAUUCAAUGGUGAACAAUUCCAAACCUUUGCUGAAGAAAUGGGAUUUCACCACAAGCGAGUAACACCAAUACAUCGGAAGGCGCAGGGCCAAGUGGAAAAUUUCAACAAGCUGAUCGUCAAAACAACAAAGAUUGCCUGUGAAGAAGGAAUCGAAAUCGAGAGUGCAAUAUAUGAUAUGUUAAAACAGACAGACACCCCAUCCGGCAACAAAGUCAACGCAGUACAAGGUUUUGAUGCACCGCCAAGUUCGAACACAACUGGAACAUUUUCCCACCGAAGUUCACAUCACCCAAGAUGAGGUCAAGAAGAACGACAAAACCUACAAGCAGAAACGUAAGCAGUACCACGAUAAACGUCACAGAGUGAAAACACAUACAAUCAAGUGCGGUGAUGCCGUUUUGAUAAAGAGAGAGAAGAAAAGAAAGAAGUAUACACCGUACGAGCCGUAUAUAUACGUUGUGACAAGCAUAAAAGGAUCAACCAUCUAUGCGAGACGUGUAAAGGAUGGAAAUGUUAAGUGCAGAGAUGCAUCGAAGGUUAAACCACUUAGAACAGCUCAAUUGUCAAAAGCCAACGAUGAAUCGGCGAGUGUAAAAGUACCAAGCAGCUAUCAAGCCACAACAUCCAGGACGACAUUUCAGGACACAGACAGCAGCAACAUCCGGGACACAACAAGUGAGACUAUAGACACAACAAGUGAGACAACAGCCACAACAAGUGAGACAACAACCACAACAAGUGAGAACAAUUUGCGAAGAUCGGAAAGACUAAAGAAGAACACGUAUCAAGGGAAGUAUAAAGACUAUAUAAAGUAG